GCUACUGAUAGCAGCAGUCCUGUUUUUGUUCUCACGCAGCACCAGGCUGAGAUUUCUCUCUCUGGAGGCAAAGAUGAACGCUGUCAUGGACGCCUUGCAGGGUUUUGGGGUGAGCACCACCCGCUACCUGCAGACCGACUACCAGGACGCCCAGGGUUUGUUCCUCUGGGUGUCCUGGGCGGCGGAUCUCAGGAACACCUUCUUCAUCUUCUUCCCGCUCUGGUUUCACCUGCGGUCGUCAGUGGGCAUCAAGCUCAUCUGGGUGGCCGUGAUCGGAGACUGGCUCAACCUGGUGUUCAAAUGGAUCCUGUUUGGAGAGAGGCCUUACUGGUGGGUCCAUGAGACGGAUCAUUAUGCAAACGCAGUCCGUCCUCACAUCGAGCAGUAUCCAAUGACCUGUGAGACCGGCCCAGGCAGCCCCUCUGGCCACGCUAUGGGAGCCGCCGGUGUCUACUACACCCUGGUCACCUCCAUCCUCGCCCUCAUGACCAGCAAGAAGAAAUAUGGAGGCAAAAAAUCCACCAACAAGGAAUGGUAUCUGAAGGUGGUUUUGUGGACGCUGUUCUGGGGAGUCCAGGUGUGCGUCUGUCUCUCCAGGGUCUUCAUCGCCGCACACUUCCCCCACCAGGUCAUCGCUGGCGUCAUCUCAGGUAUGAUCGUGGCCGAGGCCUUCAACAGAACCCAGUGGAUCUACAGCGCCAGCAUGAAGAAGUACUUCUACACCACCCUCUUCUUGACCUCCUUCGCCGUGGGCUUCUACCUCGUCCUGAAGGCCAUGGGCGUGGACCUGCUGUGGACGCUGGAGAAAGCCCAGAAGUGGUGCGUGAGGCCCGAGUGGGUCCACCUGGACUCCACGCCCUUCGCCAGCCUCCUGCGUAACAUGGGCACCCUGUUCGGCCUCGGUCUGGGCCUGCACUCGCCCCUCUACACCGAGACCAAGAGGAGCGGCGGUACCUCGGUCAAAGUCGGCUGCGUCGUCAGCUCCCUGGUUCUGCUUCACCUGUUCGACUCCUUCAAGCCUCCAACGCACACGGCGUUCCUCUUCUACCUGCUGUCCUUCUGCAAGAGCGCCACCGUGCCUCUGGUGGCCGUCAGCAUCGUCCCGUACUGCGUGAACAGAGCUCUGAGCCUGCAGAGCAAGAAGGGAGUGUGAACUUGUACUAUUCGGACUAAAGACGAGGAGAGACUGAAAAAAAUAAACUUUCUUCUGGUGCUUUGUUGCGUUCAUACAUCCAGAUGAUCCUCAGGGAACAAAAUAAAAAGCCUAUGAGAUGUGGAACUGUCACUGGUGUGAUUUGGACACUGAACUGUUUGAGCACUAAGUGAAAGCAUUAUCCAGAAAUCAGCAACAUGUUAUAUUCACAGUUUCUUCCAGAGUCCUGUAAAAAGGACAAACAACGAACUCAUGCAGCUCCCAUUUUAAAACCUCAGACAAUAACAGUCACUCACAGCUUCAACUGUGUUAGUAAUGUAUUUUAAAUGUUAUAGAAAGUAUUUUUGAAACUGUUUUGAAUAUUUUUAAUAAAAAAAGAUUAUUGGAAAAA